GAUCUUCGCCAUGUGGCUAAUACUGUUGGGCGCUAUGCAAAUUCACGAUCGGCUCUGUCAUAGCGCAAACCCGUCUGCCAGUCUUCGCGCUAUGGGCCUCUUAUCACCUCAGGGAUCGAGACACGCACGUCGAGGUGCGCGCAACAGCUGAGCCCAUGAGCGCGUCACAGUCAAAGCGCAUAUCUGUCGGAACAGGUGACCGUUUGGGAUGACGCGCGCAUAAUGAAAGCAAAAUUUCCCACUCGGCAUGAUUAGCCGACGAGGCCCGGUCCGCAGUCUCCUUUAAGACGGCUGUCAGCCUGUCAUGAGCACAUUUCCCACGCUCACCUUCCACUCUUUCUCUUCUUGCCUUUCCUUCCUCCUUCUGUCCCUCAAGCUCUCAUGAGCUGUCCAAGCGAUAACACCGCGGCCAUCGAGCAAUCCUCCUUCUGGGAUCCUACAGCGCCGUGGGAUCCGCAUCGGCGAGAUUGGAUGGGUGGUAGCGGGUAGUUGCUCUGCUGCGACUGUCCUUGUGACCUUCCUGUCGGUGCUUCCACACUGCCGAAACUACCAUGUCCCGCGGCAGCAACGACAGAUCAUCCGCAUCCUAUAUAUGCCGCCCGUCUACGCUGUCAUUUCCUUCUUCUCGUACCGCUACUUCCGGAGCUACACCUACUACUCCCUCAUAUACGUCGCCUACGAAGCUCUUACUCUGAGCGCAUUCCUCCUCCUGAUCAUCGAGUACGUCGCGGACACGGCCACGGGGCACAAGGCGGAGGAUGCCAUGGCACGCAAGGACAAACGGCCUCUGCCCAUGCCGUUCUGCUGCUGGAGGUACAAACCGACGAAGGCGUACUUCUUGUACAGUGUGAAGUGGUCUGUCAUGCAAUAUGUGAUCGUUCGGCCCGUUAUCUCUAUCGUCGGGAUGAUCUGCGAACAUUACAAUGUACUGUGCGACACCCAAAGCUUCAAUCCCCGCUUCGCGAGCGUGUAUCUUUCCGCUGUUGAUUUCGUCAGCAUAUCCGUGGCGCUGUAUGGGCUGCUGCUCUUCUAUGGGCUGACGCACGAUGAGCUUGCUGGCCGGCGCCCGCUGGCCAAGUUCCUGUGCAUCAAGCUCAUCGUCUUCUUCACAUUCUACCAGUCUUUCGUGUUCUCCGCGCUUGAGGGUCGUGUCAUCCACGCCACCAAGUACUGGACAGAGACGAACAUCGCCGAUGGACUCAACGCAUUGGCCAUCUGCAUCGAAAUGGUCUUUUUCGCGAUUGCCAUGUGGUGGGCAUAUCCUGCCACCGAGUAUCACCAGACCGAUCCGCAGGGCAAACGGAUACGAACGAGCAUACUGGGGAUGUGGAGACCUAUCUGGGACUCACUCAACUUCUCUGACUUUGUGCAAGAAAUCUGGGGCUCGCUUACGUUCUUCUUCCGCUCGAAACGCGCCGCACCAUCUGGUUCGAGGAUGGAUCUGGCCCACGCGUUUGGUGUCGACGAGGGAUCGAAAUUGCCAAAAUCGUAUUGAUUGACCCCAUCAUGGACUAUUGUUGAAUGAUUAUCGUAUCACGGACGCUGCAUCGAGCUUUGGGAGAAUACCACCAUAGAGCUGGCAUCAGUUCCCCUUAUUCUGUGCUUUAUAGAGUCUGACCAGAAGUAACUGCGUGAUGAGCUCCCCGGCUGGUGGGUCUCGAAUUCGGGAGAGCUGUUGCUUUGCACACUUGAUGAGCUUUCAACGUAGAGCAAACAGAAAGUUCAUUAGGUGCGUGCUCUGCGUUGAAAGUUCAUCAAAUGCGCAGAGCAAACACGCCACCCUAAAACAAUCGCUCGCAUGCGGCACUUGAAUAUUGGGGGUUCCAUUGCGAAGCAUCGUGAUGCCUUGCGUUUUGAAAACCAGCAGCCUAUAUAGCAAACAGAAGGGGUUCGAGCGCAUCGCGGCGGCCGUGUAACCGGAUCCAAACCAUAACCCGACCUUUGAUAUAUUGGCACGGACCUCUGCCCACGGUCACCAUGCAUUCUACGCGUUCGGCGUGAGAGAUGACUUCGAAUGGGCUGCGAAUGGACUUCAG